UUCAAGCCCCUUUUUCAGUCAUCUCAAGGAGUUUGGAGGGAUCACUCCCUACUCAGCUGCCAAGGUUGAAAAGAGGGAGCGUGAACGUUUAGGGUGAGAGGACCCUCCCCCAGGCUCUGCGCGGACUGAGCGCUCUGGCCGCAAUGGGUCCGCAACUUCCCCUCCUGGUGGCGGCGCUGGCCGGCUGCCUGCUUCCUGCCCGGGGCUGUGUCACUUGCGAUGCAAAGGUCGUGGAGGCGCUAUACCACUUUGAGGUGGAGUACCUGCCGAGUCGGGGUCAGGAACUGCAAGGCGUGUUGGACAGGAUAAAGUAUCUGCUGAACGAUUUCAGGAAAAUCCCAGAUUUAAAUGAUCAACAUUUAGGGGUUGUCGAUUCCCCCACACUGCAAAAGUUAUCCGUGGAUUUUCUGAAGAAUUUGAAACGUAUCACAAACUCUGAACAACAAGGUGAGGCUUUCCUGAGUCAGAUAUUCUGGAUGUUAAUCAAGCAAAAAGCUUCCAUUCUGACAACUAUAACCCAGUUCCAAAAAAAGGGUUUUUGUCCCAACAAAUGUGCCUCGCCUCUCAGGGCGAAUACAGCGUUGAUGCUGCCCCUUCAGGUCAGAUGUUGCAGACUCUGA